AUGUUUGCAUCACAAAUAAAUGGUGAUGCCAUCUGUACUGGCGCAAAAAUUAUUUCAAGGGAAUACGCGUCCGUCUGUUUGUAUAUGCCUUCCUUUAGAUCUGCUUACGUUUACGCCAGACUGACAGCCAAACAUAACCAAAAGCCUAGAAAAACACUCCUGUUCUUGUUCUUGUGUGAAAAAUAUGCUGCUAAUUGCCAUUAUGGUCCAGCGAACGAGUUCGUUAAAAUACACGAGUAUUUUGGUGGACUCUUUCACUCGGAUUUUGAGUACGAGGCCGAGGGUUUCAGGGCAUUGCGCUCAACUUCUUUUUUUGACGAGAAGCUAGUCGUCCUUCAUUUUGGUGUGCUAAUCCACCGGGUGUCGUAUUUUGAAGCACAAGAACAAGAUGUGGAGCACCGAUGGACAUAA